AUGCCUCGCUCCAUCUUCUUCCUCGGUGCCACCGGCUACAUCGGUUCCUCUGUCCUCUCGGCCCUCCUCAAGGCCGUCGACCAGGACACAAAGAUCACCAUCCUCGCGCGCAACCCCGCAGUGCUGAGCGGCUUUGAGGCCGCCGACGCACGCAUCACAGCGGUGCAGGGCUCUCUGGGCGACCACUCGCAGCUGUCCGCCCUCGCCUCAGCGCACGAUGUGACGAUCAACACGGCCGAGGCGGACGACCUCGGCGCAGUGCAGGCGCUCCUCCGCGGCCUGAAGGUGCGCCAUGAGACCACGGGUACGCGCCCCAUUAUCAUCCACACUUCCGGCACGGGCGUGCUCGCCGACAACGCCAAGGGAGCGUACGCCGGCACUGAAAUCUUCACCGACGCAGAGGCCGACCCGACGGCCAACCCCCCGCUGAAGCCCAUCUCGGACCUCAAGCCCGCGCGUAUCCACCGCGGAGUCGAUCUCGCCGUCCAGGCCGCCGACACGGACGGAUACGCGUUCUCGUAUAUUGUUAUCCCGGCUACCAUCUAUGGCAUCUCGCAGACAGUUUUCGCGGACAAGGGCCUCGCCAACGCCCAGUCGCAACAGGUGUCGUACGUUACACGGAUUGGCAUCGACCGCAAGGUGCCCGCCCAGUUCGGCGAGGGCAAGAACCUGUGGCCCAACGUCGAGAUCCACGACGUCGCCGAGCUGUAUGCCCUCGUGUACCGCCAGGCGACGGCCCCCGGCCCCGGCGACCACGGUGAGAACGGCUACUUCUUCGGCGAGACGGGCGAGUACUCGCUCCUGCAGGCGUAUGAGGCGAUCGGCGCCCAGCUGUUCGCGCUGGGCCUCGUCGAGUCCCCCACGCCCAAGCCGCUCUCGGACGACGAGAUCGACAAGUACAUUGGCGGGUCGCAGUACCCUGGCUCCAACUCGCGCGCGCGCGCCGUCCACUCGCGCCGUCUCGGCUGGAAACCGGCCCACACUGGCAACGAGCCAUUCCUCGCCAGCAUCAAGGAGGAUGUGAACUGGACCGCUUCGCACAACCGCGGCCGUGCCCCCGACGGCAACUUUGUCUUUGGCCCGGGGCCUGUCCGCGUCGAGGACGGCGCCGAGGGUGGCUGGGAGCUUCCUGGUCAGUAG